AUGGCUGAUCCUGGGAUCAGAAGAGGGAUCCACUGCCCCUUGAGUCUCAUCUGCUCCCUGCUCAUUGUGGGAAUGUGCUGUGUGUCUCCUUUGCUCUGUCACAGCCAGACAGACCUGUUGACUCUUAACCAAGCUGAUCCCCAGUGCUGGGAGUCCUCCUCAAUGCUCCUCUUGGAAAUGCGGAAGCCUCGUGUUUCUAACACUGUUUCUGGCUUUUGGGAUUUUAUGAUCUACCUGAAGUCAUCUGAGAACUUGAAGCAUGGGGCACUGUUUUGGGAUCUGGCCCAACUCUUCUGGGACAUCUAUGUAGACUGUGUCCUUUCCAGGAACCAUGGCUUAGGAAGGAGGGAAUUGGCUGGAGAGGGAAAGAAAGAAGAGAAAAGCUCAACAGUGAUGCAUUCUGGGAUUACACAAGAUGCAUAUUCUCAACUCCUAAGAACCCCUUUCUUGAAGAAGAAAGAAUUGAUUGAAGAUCUGAUAAACAUGCACAUGCACCAGCGGGGCUCUAGGUUCACUGGAAAAGUGAAGCUGCCAGGAAAGAGAAAAUAAAGCUACCUUCAGAGCUAACUCGAGCCUUGGAAUAAAAAAAAGAGUAUUUUCCCAUCAAUCAUUUGUGUAUUUGAAGUGAAGUAAAUGUCCAUAGGUGAAUAUCAUGCCAGUUCUCUAAGAGUGCGUGUUUUCAGUUUCCUGAUUGUUAACCGCUGUGUUCAUACCGUGAUUACCAUCUGACCAACCCACUGUCUACAGUAACUAAAGAACUUCAAAGAUGACUUGGGGAUGAGGGCUUUGGUUCUUUAGAGUUAUUUGAUAAUUUGCCUCGGGAGACCUGGCAUUGCUGAUGCACUAGAGGGCCAUACAUUUAGCUUCCAUAAGCUACAUGCAUCACCAGUAAUUAGCCACAGUAUUGCUUAUAAAAUUAGUGUGAAAGGACUGUAUGCAUGGAUGGUAUCACUGAUGGUCUGUGAUUCUCACCCUUGUCUCAGAGAAUAGUUUUGAAUAUGGAAUGAAGAAGAAACCAUGGGGAAUAAAACAUUCAUCCAAUGAAAA